CCGGCUGAUCAUGCAGUACCUGAAGGAGAACAGCCUGCACCGAGCCCUCGCCACCCUUCAGGAGGAAACGACGGUGUCCCUCAACACUGUGGACAGCAUUGAGAGCUUUGUGGCUGACAUCAACAGCGGGCACUGGGACACCGUGCUGCAAGCCAUACAGUCGCUGAAGCUGCCCGACAAGACCCUGAUUGAUCUCUAUGAGCAGGUUGUGCUGGAGCUGAUUGAGCUCCGGGAGCUAGGUGCUGCCAGGUCUCUCCUGAGACAAACAGAUCCCAUGAUCAUGCUAAAACAAACUCAGCCGGAGCGGUACAUCCACCUCGAAAACCUUCUGGCCAGAUCUUACUUUGAUCCUCGUGAGGCAUACCCAGAUGGAAGUAGCAAAGAGAAGCGGAGAGCUGCUAUUGCACAAGCUUUAGCUGGAGAAGUCAGCGUCGUACCUCCAUCUCGUCUUAUGGCGUUGUUGGGGCAGGCAUUGAAAUGGCAGCAGCAUCAGGGCCUGCUUCCGCCUGGUAUGACAAUUGACUUGUUCAGAGGCAAAGCAGCUGUGAAAGAUGUAGAAGAAGAAAAGUUCCCCACACAGCUGAGCAGACAUAUUAAGUUUGGGCAGAAGUCGCAUGUGGAGUGUGCUCGGUUUUCCCCAGAUGGGCAGUAUCUGGUUACUGGCUCUGUUGAUGGCUUCAUUGAAGUAUGGAACUUCACGACUGGAAAGAUUAGGAAGGAUCUGAAGUACCAGGCACAAGAUAAUUUUAUGAUGAUGGAUGAUGCAGUGCUGUGCAUGUGCUUCAGUAGAGAUACAGAAAUGCUAGCAACCGGGGCACAAGACGGAAAGAUCAAGGUGUGGAAAAUCCAGAGUGGUCAGUGUCUGAGAAGAUUUGAACGAGCUCACAGUAAAGGUGUUACAUGCCUCAGUUUCUCUAAAGACAGCAGCCAGAUUCUUAGUGCUUCUUUUGAUCAGACAAUCAGGAUUCAUGGUUUAAAAUCUGGGAAGACUUUAAAGGAAUUCCGUGGUCAUUCUUCCUUCGUCAAUGAAGCUACUUUUACCCAGGACGGCCACUAUAUUAUCAGUGCGUCUUCUGAUGGCACAGUGAAGGUUUGGAACGUGAAGACGACAGAGUGCUCAAACACCUUCAAAUCUCUUGGCAGCACUGCUGGGACAGACAUUACUGUGAACAGUGUCAUUCUGCUGCCUAAAAACCCGGAACACUUUGUUGUUUGCAACAGAUCAAAUACAGUCGUCAUUAUGAAUAUGCAAGGACAAAUUGUAAGAAGUUUUAGCUCCGGUAAGAGAGAAGGUGGUGACUUUGUCUGCUGUGCACUUUCACCUCGUGGUGAAUGGAUCUACUGUGUUGGUGAAGAUUUUGUGCUCUAUUGCUUUAGCACAGUGACCGGCAAGCUGGAGAGAACUCUGACUGUUCAUGAAAAAGAUGUCAUUGGCAUUGCUCAUCACCCCCACCAGAACCUGAUUGCGACUUACAGUGAAGAUGGCCUCCUCAAGCUCUGGAAGCCAUAGCUUGAUUUUACAAUGAGCUAUGAAGUGUGCCUGUUAGUUGCACGUUAUUGAUGUUUGUGUUUUAACAAGGUCUAAAUGCACAGGAUGUGAUUUUUGCUCAUUUUUCAGUUCAGGUUUCCAGAGAAUGAGAUUUUUACUUCUUGGUCUAAAGUUAGGUAGAUUGAUGCUUAAAUAUAGCAUCAGUUAAUUUCAGAUACUUUUUAUUUUUACCAGAGUAGCAGAAGCA